GCGCCUGUGGGGGCGGGGCCCGGAGCAGGCGAUCGGGCCAAUGGGGCUCGGCGGCGGCGGCGGCGCUGGCGGCGGCGGUGGCGGCGGCGGCGGCAGCGGCGGCGGCGGCUGGGUCGGGCCCCGACGGGCGGCGGCGGCGGAGGUGGAGGCGGAGGGAGGCGGCGGCGGCGGCGGCGAAGGAGGUGGAGGCGGCGGCCGAGGCGGCGGCGGCCGCGGCGGAGGGGGGAAGAUGGCGGCGCCCGUCCUGCUGAGAGUGUCGGUGCCGCGGUGGGAGCGGGUGGCCCGGUAUGCGGUGUGCGCCGCCGGGAUCCUGCUGUCCAUCUACGCCUACCACGUGGAGCGGGAGAAGGAGCGGGACCCCGAGCACCGGGCCCUCUGCGACCUCGGGCCCUGGGUCAAGUGCUCCGCCGCCCUCGCCUCCAGAUGGGGUCGAGGAUUUGGUCUUUUGGGUUCCAUUUUUGGAAAGGAUGGUGUAUUAAAUCAGCCGAACAGUGUCUUUGGACUUAUAUUUUAUAUACUACAGCUAUUACUUGGCAUGACAGCAAGUGCAGUUGCAGCUUUAAUCCUCAUGACCUCCUCCAUCGUGUCUGUAGUAGGCUCCUUGUACCUGGCCUACAUUCUGUACUUUGUGCUGAAGGAGUUUUGCAUCAUCUGCAUCAUCACAUACGUGCUGAACUUCAUUCUUCUUAUCAUCAACUACAAACGACUAGUUUACUUGAACGAGGCCUGGAAACGGCAACUACCGCCCAAGCAGGACUGACAACCUUACGGACUCUUAACUGACAGUCUGAGAUCCCUUUUUCCAUUAAGUUUAUUUUGAAACUUUUUUUUUUUAAUUCUUCACAACAGACAUUUUCCCCCCUGAGAAUCUUAAACUGAUUUUUUAAAAUUCCUGUGAAUUAGAAGGGGCCCUAUCUUCUGUGUCAAUCUUCAUUUUAAAUAUGGAAACCAACACACAAACAAGGAUAUGCUGAGCCAAUCAAAGACAAGCUUUAACUUUACUUUGGAGAUGUUUCUGAAAUAAUAAAAUGUAGCCCUAGCCCCCGGCCCUUAAUUGUAAAGUGAGCAACCAUUGCUAGUAAUUCUCUAAUGUUUAUAAAUUAAAUUUCAGGUAUAACAAAAUGUGAUCAUGACAUGAAACUAUUUUAGAAUAGAUACUGUAUUAAAUAUUGCCAUGUUUACAAUAUGUAAUAUGUUUUUAGCUGAUGGGUUUAAACUUGUAGAUUCAACUAGAAUCCAUUUCAGUGAUAUUUGUAAAUAAAGGUAGAAAUAUUGGAUCCAUCCCUGCAGAACUUAUUGUACAGUUUAGUUGAAGUGUAGCGAUGAAGACUUGUCAGCUCAACACUGGUGGAAGAAACAGUGAAACCAGUGGGUCCAUUCAAAGCAUCUUGUGAAAAGUACUGACAGCUGUCAGUCUGGCAUUAGCAGUGAGGAUAACCUUGUGGCUGGUUCCCUUUCAUCUCCUCUGAAAGGAAACGAAAUUUGGACAUAAAAAUCAAGCUUGUGCCUAGUCAUAAAACUGGAUCAAUUAUAACCAGAGUGUGACCACCAGACCUUAAGAACUUGAGAGAUGAGGAAAUGACAUUUCUCGGAGAAAAGCUGGAAAUACUAAGAUGGCAUUUUUAGGUAAUGUCUCUUAUAGCAAUUGCAUUUUCAUGCAAAUAUAUAUAUAUACUUUUUUUCCUUGACAUUGGUGCCCAUCAACCAAACAGUGUUAGGACUUUGAAAUCACCGGUUUGAAGCUAGUUGCUUCAGAGUAGGGUUGCUCUCGGGUAGCUCUUCAUGGCUUUUCCCUGUUUCUUUCUGUGCUAACUAACCCGAUAUCUAGUUUCUUUUCAAGUCAUAGAUGAAUUUCUCAACUUUAGGGCUGACACACUGCUCAAUUUGCAUGAUCGGGAAGAGGAGUCCCAGUGGAAAUAAAGCUCUGAAGAUGGAAUGCAGCAGCCACACACGAGUGCUCUAAUAAUCACACGAGAGCAGCAUUUCAAGUGAUUAGACUAAAGCCAAAUGAAAUGGCGGCAGUUUGUUUCCACAGUCAGCAUCUUCCAUCAGAAUGUCCAAAGUGCCUUCUGUCUUAAACCUCAAACCAAAUAUUUUGUGCGUUGAACUUGGGCAGAAGUGUCCUUCCUUCCUUUCUUAAUGCAUUCUGGAGAAAGGUCUGUACCAUCCUUUUUUCCAUGACUGAGAAAGUAGUAGCAGUGUUUUGCUUCCGAUUCAAUUAACUAUUAUGUUUUUUAAAAAGAACAAAGUCUGGUCAUUUGAAUACUUCAUUUGCCUUCUUUUUGAAGGGAGGGUACAGGCUCUGCUUUGUAAACCAUAACACGUCGAGUCAGCAAUUGUUCAGUUUCCAACUGUCAUAAUUGAUGCAAUGUUCUUCUGGUCCAAGACAGAUGGAACAUUUGAUUGUAAUGAACUUUUAACCAGUUUUGUAAAAGAUAGCUUAAUUCAGAUUCCAUUAAGAGUUAUGUUUUCCCAUGAAUGUGAAUAUUUCAGUGCUUGUUUUAUUAUGUAUGUAUUCUUCUUUCUAUAGUUAAGAGAACUCUAGAAAGCAUUAAUAGGAUGGCUGGUGUUUAUGGAAAAACAGUGAGACCAUCUUGUAGCAGUGCUACCAGUUGUUCCAAGCAGUUUAGUGCUCCUCUUUCCUAAGGUAGAAUGGGAAUAGCUUAACGGUGAACACGUCUGUGGUUUGUAUGUAACACCAGCUGUGCGAAACUAGUCCCUCAUGUUCCAGUUUAUACUGGGUUCGCAUCAGACUCUGUGUAACUCAGCAGAGUGUAGUUAAAGCUUGUCCUGAUGUUGCAUUCUUGCAGAUGUCUUCAACUCUUACUCAAGGAAAUGUAAAAGACUCUUCUGGUUUUUCCUUUGCUUCUCCUAAGCCUUGGGGAGAACACCAGUUUUGAUUUGUAUAAGAAUUUCUGCCACAUUCCUGUGACCCCAGUAGAAUAAUAUCCUUUCUCCUCACUGAAUGACGAACAUGUGUUGCCCGGAAAUGAUGAUGAUGACGAUGAUGAUGAUGAUGAUGAUGAUGAUGAUGAUGCAGCAUUGUGAUGCCAAUAUCUCUGAAAGCAAUAGAACCCUAGUGGCUGUGAUUUGAUCAUUUUGCCUGGAGGAAUUUCGGCUUCCCUCUACGUUCCAUCCCAGAAGAGGGAGAGUGAUCAUGUUUUUAAAAUUUGUGGAUUAUUAUGACUACUUUAGAGGAAUAGUAAAAUUGAAGAACUGAUUGAAGGGGAAAUGAAUUUUUUGUUUUUAGCAAUGAUCCCAUGCCUCUUGUUUUUUAACAUGAUCUGUAGCAAGUGAAACCUUCUUUACUUGAUAGUUAUACUAAAUAUCACUUGAAGAAAUGAGAAGUUGUGGUCAGGCGACAGAAUCUAGGGAACCUAGGUGGCUUGGAGGAUCUCAUUUGGUUUCUCAUUGCAGUUAGUAGAGGGUGAACUUCCAGUAAAACAACUCAGGUCUAACUAGCUGUGUGCCAGAAACCACUUUUACUCGAUAUAUGUAACUUCUCUUUAAAUCCACGAUAAGUGUUGAAAGCAUCAGCUACUCCCAUACAAAUAGACAAAAGUCUGACAUUUGAUUCUAGAGAUCCUUGACAGUCUGAGCUAGGAUCAGGAUGGCACUGAAAUUCAGUUGAUUGUUGGCUCUUAGUUUGCUUACAGUUGAUCUACAUUUAUUGUCAAGAUGACCAGCAAAGCUGUAGUUACCUUCAGCAGUUAUUUGCCACUGUUUGAACCCAGUGGAUGCUGACAGUUUUUGUCUCUAAGGUCAGUAUUAGACAAAAUGCCAACAAGAAAUUCACUCUCACUUUUUAGUAACCUGUCUAGGGAGGAAUACCCAGGUUACAACCUUUAUGUAUCUCUUCUGCCCCCUUCAACUACAAGUGUUGAUGCAAUCCUUUCUAUUCAGACAUUUUAGGUGACACUUUGGACCCCUUAUCCAUGAGAACUACCUUUCAACUAAAUACAAGGAAGGAAGGGUGGAGAGCUUGGCUAAGCAUUUUUUAUUUCCCUGACAAAUUGGCCCAGAAAAGGUGAAAUAUUGCUAUACACUUGUAUUAAGCAUGGCCCAAGUAUCAGGUACAUGGUCUGUAUCGUAUGUCCCAUCAGAAGUGUCUGUCACUAGUGCUCUUAGCUCCAGAGGAACAUUCAUUUCAAAUGGAGUUCACUGGGCAGGUUGCCCCUUUACUGGAGAGAAACUCGUUAUCAGAAAAUUAGGACGCAGUUUUGCUGACUGGUAAAAUAAAACAAAGAAAAAUGUAAAUAUGUAAGAAUGUUUAUUUGUUCCACAUAACUUUUUGGUAUAAAAUAAAUGUAGAUGUUACCUGUG